AUGGACGAGACGACCAAGCAGGAGCUUGUGGCAGCAUGCCGGGCGGGCGAGAUGAAGACUGUGCAGGAGCUUGCGGGCGAGGGAGGCGUGGGCAACAACGAGGUGGAGGUGGAUGGCGUGAGUGACACUCCGCUGACGGCGGCGGCUCGUGGCGGCCAUGUCGAGCUGCUGCAGUGGCUGAUGACUGAUGGCGGAUGCGAUGUGAACAGCUCCAUGGAUGACGGUUCGACGCCGCUUCACAUUGCUUGCUUCUUGGGAAAGAUCGAGGCUGCGCAGUGUCUGGUCGAGGCUGGCGGCGCUGUGGUCGACCAGACCGAGCACAACGGUGCCACGCCGCUGUACUUUGCCGCUCAGGAGGGCCAUCUGGACGUCAUCCGCUGGCUCGUGGGUGACGCCGGUGCCGAUGUCAACGUCGUUCGUGAAGGCGGCUGGACUCCGCUCGCUGCCGCCGCUCAGUUUGGCCAUCGUGACAUUGUCGCCUUUCUCGUGGCAGACGGCGGCGCCGAGGUCGACAAGCCGCUCGAUGACGGCGCCACCCCGCUGUACCUUGCGGCCCAGGAGGGCCAUCUGGAGCUCGUUCAGUGGCUUGUCACCGACGGCGGCGCAGCUGUCAACCACGCCACUAACGCCGGCGCCACGCCGCUCACCGUCGCCGCAAGCAACAAGCACCUCACCAUCGUCCAGUGGCUCGUCACCUCGGGCAGCGCCGACCUCUCCAUGGCCGUCGCCGGACGGUAG